UUGUUCCUUGAAUAUUCAAAUCGCUCGCUGGCCUUUACCGGUGGAGGCAGAGAGAGUGAGAGAGAGAGAGAGUUUAUAACGUGAAGUGGAAGACCAAACCCUAGAGUUUUCGUUCUUCAAACCCAAAAUAGAAAUCAAGAGUUUCUUUUGGAAUCUUGAUUUCCAGAUCGAGGGGUGGACGUGAACAAGAAAGGGAAGCAAGUUUAUUUUUCUUCUUCGAAGAGCAGCGUUUCUGGCUUUCGGUUGAUUUGAAUAUCCCUUUGUAAGAAGAGAAAAGGUUUUUGCAUAGAUCUUUUGAGACUUAUCCAUUUGAAGAAGGAGGAGAUCUUGUUAGUUUCUGGAGAAGGAGAAACGAAAUGUUGUCUAGAUCGUAUACCAAUCUUUUAGAUCUGGCGUCGGGGAAUUUCCCGGCGUUGGGGCGUGAAAAGAAGCGGCUUCCGCGGGUAAUGACUGUGCCCGGUAUAGUCUCUGAGCUCGAUGAUGAUCAGGCGAAUAGUGUGUCUUCGGACGUUCCGUCCUCGAUUAUUCAGGACCGAAUAAUCAUUGUUGCCAACCAGCUACCUGUGAAAGCCAAGCGGAGGCCGGAUAAUAAUGGGUGGAGUUUCAGUUGGGACGAGGAUUCGUUGCUCUUGCAGCUUAAGGACGGUUUGCCUGAAGACAUGGAGGUCCUAUAUGUUGGGUCAUUGAGGGCGGACGUGGAUGUGAAUGAACAAGAUGAUGUUUCACAGAUACUGUUAGAGAGGUUCAAAUGUGUACCUGCUUUCCUUCCGCCUGAUGUUUUGAGUAAAUACUAUCAUGGUUUCUGCAAGCAGCAUUUAUGGCCUCUUUUCCACUAUAUGCUCCCUUUCUCAUCUGAGCAUGGCGGGCGCUUUGAUCGAUCUCUAUGGGAAGCGUACGUUUAUGCUAAUAAGUUGUUCUCACAGAAGGUGAUUGAAGUGCUUAACCCAGAAGAUGACUAUAUCUGGAUCCAUGACUACCAUCUGAUGGUGUUGCCAACCUUUUUAAGGAGGCGCUUCAAUCGGUUGAGAAUGGGAUUCUUCCUUCACAGCCCGUUUCCUUCCUCUGAGAUCUAUAGGACUCUACCUGUCAGAGAGGAGAUACUCAAGGCGCUUCUGAAUUCGGACCUGAUUGGCUUCCACACCUUUGAUUAUGCUCGGCAUUUCCUUUCUUGCUGCAGCCGGAUGUUGGGUUUGGAAUAUCAGUCAAAGAGAGGUUAUAUUGGAUUAGAAUAUUAUGGAAGAACUGUGGGGAUCAAGAUCAUGCCAGUGGGAGUACAUAUGGGUCAGAUUGAGUCUGUGCUAAGUCUUGCUGAUCAGGAGUGGAGGGUAGGAGAGCUUAAAGAGAAAUAUGAAGGUAAGAUCGUGUUGCUUGGUGUUGAUGACAUGGAUAUCUUUAAAGGGAUUAAUUUGAAGUUUUUAGCAAUGGAACAGAUGCUGAGGCAACACCCAAAGUGGCAGGGAAGAGCUGUUCUGGUUCAGAUUGUGAAUCCCGCAAGGGGGCGGGGAAGAGAUUUGGAGGAAACACAAGCUGAGAUACAGGCAAAUUACAAUAGGAUCAAUGAAAAAUUCAGACAAUCCAAUUAUGAACCAAUAGAGUUUAUUGAUAGACCGGUUUCAAUAAGUGAAAGGAUGGCCUUUUACACCAUAGCUGAGUGUGUUGUGGUAACAGCUGUCAGGGAUGGGAUGAACCUCACUCCAUAUGAGUAUAUUGCGUGUAGACAGGGAAUCUCUGUGUCGGAGACGGAUGUAGAAUCCAAUGGACCCAAGAAGAGCAUGAUAGUAGUGUCAGAAUUCAUUGGAUGCUCCCCGUCACUCAGUGGGGCAAUUAGGGUCAACCCAUGGAAUGUUGAAACUACUGCAGAGGCAAUGAAUGAAGCAAUCUCAAUGGCUGAGCCUGAGAAACAACUCAGACAUGAGAAGCAUUAUAGGUAUGUUAGCACCCAUGAUGUGGCUUAUUGGUCGAAGAGCUUCUUGCAAGAUUUGGAAAGAACUUGUAAGGACCACUUUAGGAGAAGAUGCUGGGGAAUUGGGUUGAGCUUUGGCUUCAGAGUCGUGGCUCUUGAUCCUAAUUUCAGAAAACUUUCCAUUGAUACCAUUGUGUCAUCAUAUGCAAGGGCGAAGAGUAGGGCCAUACUGCUGGACUAUGAUGGCACUGUUAUGCCUCAAACAUCCAUCAAUAAGACUCCAAGUCAAGAGGUAGUCUCAAUCCUAAACACACUUUGUGGGGAUCCUAAGAAUACUGUUUUCAUUGUCAGUGGAAGAGGGAGAGAGAGCUUGGGCAAGUGGUUUUCUCCAUGUGAGAAGCUUGGGAUCGCAGCAGAGCAUGGCUACUUUAUGAAGUGGCCGACCAAUGAGGAAUGGGAAGUCUGUGGCCCGAGUACCGAUUUUGGGUGGAUACAGAUGGCUGAGCCCGUAAUGAAAUUGUAUACAGAAUCUACUGAUGGUUCUGCCAUUGAAACCAAAGAGAGUGCCCUCGUUUGGCACCACAGGGAUGCAGACCCAGGCUUUGGAUCUAGUCAAGCAAAGGAGAUGUUGGAUCACCUAGAGAGUGUACUAGCCAAUGAACCUGUUGCUGUGAAGAGUGGUCAAUUCAUUGUUGAGGUGAAGCCCCAGGGAGUCAGCAAAGGCCUAGUUGCAGAAAAGAUCUUCACAUCAAUGUCUGAGAAUGGGAAGCAAGCCGAGUUUGUGAUGUGUAUUGGUGAUGAUAGAUCUGAUGAGGACAUGUUCGAAACAAUUGGUAAUGCAAUGUUGAGGAACAUUCUUUCUUCCACCACAGCAGUAUUUGCUUGCACAGUGGGGCAGAAGCCAAGCAAAGCCAAGUAUUAUUUGGACGAUACAACUGAGGUCAUAAACAUGCUUGAAGCUCUUGCUGAAGCAUCUGAAUCUAAAACCUUCACCCUCUAAAGCAGCAGCUGGAAGUUCUGCUCAAAUCCGUCCAUCUCUUCCUUGUCUUAGCUAAUUUUGUUCACUUCCAUGAAGCAAACCUAUAUAGGAAAUGAAAGCAUCAGAACUGGAGGUAGCAAUAUACAUCUCUUGAAAAUUACUUGUUAGAGGAGACGGUCUGCCCUUUUAUUUGAGAAAUUGAGAUUACGUCUAAGACAGACACCAGUGGCUUGAAUCUUCCCAUGAAAGAGUGAAAGAGAAACUCAAAUACUCACAUUGUGGGGUGGGGGGGGGGGUUUACUUGGACAAAACCAGAAUUUGCUAUCUCAGUUCAAACAGCUGACAAGAUUUACAGGGGUUACAGAAGUUGUUCAUGGAGGAUGACUGACUCAAAACCAAAAGAAUCACUAUUUUUUGUUGCAUUGCAGACGUAUAAAGCUACCAAGCUAGCCUAGAGAAAUUUUCAGGCUUAUCACACCAGCAGCAUGAGGAGGUGAGAUAAUCGUGGCUAGGGAAAAGUAGCAAUCUUCUCUUUGAGCUUGCUAAGUAACGUCUCGGAUUUUUGAGAAUCCGGUAGAACAUAAUCAGAUACUGCCUGGUAGAUGAGAUGUCCUGUUAAUAUUGACUGAUAAUACCAUUUUUCUUUCCUUUCAUUCUACAUUUGUGAGUGAAAUCUUUUCUUUUUCCUUUUUUGUUACUCUUACAAUUGGUUGGAUUAUUGAAUCUGUAAAUUCAGAGCAAAUUUUACUUCUCCUAUUACUGCUUCUCCACAGAAACUACAGCCAGGGUUCAUGGCCAAUCCAUAGAUUAUAAUGAAGCAGGGAAUAUUUUGAUUAA